AUGUACGCCAAUCCUGAAACACUGAAGGAUUUGUGCAUUGACUAUGUCUGCGACAACAUUGAACAAUUUUAUAUGGCAGAGCAAUAUAUAAGUGAAACUGACCUGCAGCCUUCUGAACCUAAGUAUAUGUUCUUAGACAGCAAUGUAUACUUGCCAAUGGAGGUGUCAGAGAUCUUGUUGACAAAACUUAGUGUACGGAAUAAACUUAAUGAUGAAACACUAUCACUAUUCAGUCAUAAAAAUGUCUAUUUGAGGAAUGUCAUACUACCAAAAACAAAAAAUUUGACUACCAAAGGACUAAGAACAUUAAGAAAGCAUAAAAUAAAAAAACUAAAAGUUUAUGGUUUGGACUGUCCAGUAAAUGAACUCGUUGGUUUAUUAGGUGAAUGGACGACACAGAAUUUAGAAUCACUGUGUGUCUCCAAUAGUUCAUUCAUUAGUGAUUCUUAUGACAUGAAAUUUUGUGUAGCUGUCUCAUUAUCAAAAUUAAAAAACCUACGUUCACUUGAUGUAAGUAAUACUGAGUUUAGUACCAACAAUUUAAUUGCUGUGGUUGAAGAUUUGCCUCAUUUGGAGUCAUUAGAUAUUUCUAAUACAAAAGUUGACACGCUUUCACCCUUGGUAAAGAAGAAAAACCAAUUAAAAAAAUUAAGCGUGUACAAUUUAAAGGAAGCUACAAUGCAUUUGAUUGCCUUUAGUCCACUCAAAUGUAUGACAUCGUUAACACAUUUGGAUUUAUCAUCUGAAAAAUAUUCUCAUCCGUUUGAGAAUUUUAGCUGUGAUACACCUUGGUCACAAUUCUUGACUGAUCCUGAUUGGUUACCCAAUUUGGUUUCAUUGGAUAUAUCUGGAAGUGAUAAUGUUGGUCCAAGAAUCAUGCAAGAUUUUUUGACUACUCAUAAAAAGUUAAGAUUUUUAGGCUUAAUGCAUAUGGAUGAUUGUGGUUUGGCCAUGUUUACAGUUCCCACUCAUCCAUUAUAUAAUCGAGACUUAGUAGUUACCGGUGUUGUGACAGAGGAGCAAUUAUUAACUGGCUUGAAACGUUACAAAAAACGUCCAACAUAUAUUCAAAAAUGUCUUUAUCACUUAUUUAAAUGGACUGAAAAGUAUAACUACCCAAAAGUUGACAUUAUCCAAUUAAUUUUAAAUGUGAUGAACUGUCUUUCUGACAGUUUCCCAGUACAAAUGGCAGCAACUGCUUGCCUUUAUAAUUUAACCAAGAGUGAUCUAGCUUUAAAUAUACAUCCUAGUGUUUUGGCUAAAGUAGUGGAAGCAACAUUAGAUGCCAUGGAACGUUUUCCCAAUCAUAACCAGUUACAAAAAAAUACGCUGUUGACAUUAUGUAGUGAUCGUAUACUACAGGAUGUAAAAAUGGAUAAGUUCAGAUGUGCAAAAUUAGUCUUGGAUUCCUUACAUUUUUUUAAUGAUAACGUCAUGAACCGCAUGAGUGUUGCAAUCUGCAGUAUAUUAGCUGCAAAAAUUUCUACAUCUGAAACAUCUCAAUUAGGAUCUAACCCAAGGUAUAUGGCUAAAUUGUUAUCAAUAGUAUUUGAAAAACUGUCUUCUCGAAUGAUUGAUGUGACUAUGAAGUUCACACUAAGCGCACUUUGGAACCUGACUGAUGAAUCCCCUACAACAUGUAAAGUUUUCAUUGAUGAAGGAGGGUUAGCAUUAUAUAUGAAUAUAUUAAAUACGUUUAUUGGUGAUAGUACUGUAGAAACUAAAGUACUCGGCUUACUAAAUAAUAUCGCUGAAGUACCACAUUUGAGAAAUAUGCUAUUUAGCAAUGAUAUGAUUCCCACUCUAAGACGUUUGUUGCGGUCUGUACAAAUUGAUGUAAGCUAUUUUGCAGCUGGAAUAAUUGCUCAUUUAGGAUGUGAACCUAGUUGGGAAACGUACAUUGUGAAUAAUAAAGCUGAAGUGUUAGAAGAACUACGAUAUACUGUAAAGCACUGGGUGCCACCUGAGGGAGAAAUGGUUGCAUAUAGAUCUUUCCAGCCUUUUAUUGGGCUACUGAAAUCAAUCAAUACACCACAGGUUCAGCUUUGGGCUGCAUGGGCCAUACUUCAUGUUUGUACUAAAAAUGGAAAAAAAUAUUGUGCAAUGCUCAAUGAAGAAAAUGGUGUUGACAUUCUUCAAACAAUUACUUUGAAUAAGUCAGUCGAUCGUGAAGUGUGUGAACUAUGCUAUAAUAUAUUAGACUUGCUGUAUAAAUUUAGGAAAGUUUCUAACCCAGUACAACCAACUGUAUCAGUUUAG